AUGAAUUCAAGGGUUCAGGUGCUGCGUGUUGCUGCUAGGCGAGUCCAGUUCAAGGCAAGCCCAGUGCCCGACGCUCUCAACUUCUCGUCCACCUUCCGGUCGAAUUCAUAUCUCGCACCGACAUCCACCCACCUCGCCGCUUUCGAGUCGGCAAACAAUCGGUCUAUCCCAUCGACCAACGUCUACAUCCGCCCAUCCUUCGGCGACUUUUCUUUCUGA